AUGGCCGGAGGAGGAGGAGGAGACGCAGUCGGCGGUGGCGGCGCGACCGAGAUAACACUGGAGUACACUCCCACAUGGAUCGUCGCCUCCGUUUGCUCCGUCAUCGUCGCCAUUUCCCUGCUCUUCGAACGGAUGCUCCACCGCCUUGGCAAGAGGCUACUGAGAAAAAGUAGGAAGACCCAGUACGAGGCCCUCCUAAAGAUCCAGAAAGAGCUGAUGCUACUGGGGUUCAUAUCGCUGAUGCUCGGCGUGUUCCAGAGCGCCACGCAGAAGAUAUGCGUCAAGGAGAGCGUCAUGCGCCACCUUCUCCCCUGCCGGCUGCCAUCGUCGGUGAGUGCCGGCAGCGCCAAGUUCGCCGGCGCUCUGGGUGGCGCAAGGAGACUCCUGUCUGGAGGAGGUGCCGUCGAUGACUACUGCCUGAGGAAGGGCAAAGUUCCAAUUCUUUCACUUGAAGCAUUGCAUCAAUUGGACAUAUUUAUCUUCAACUUAGCAGUUACACAUGUGGUUCUCAGUGUUCUUACUUUUGUCGUUGGAGUUGCACAGACAAAAAACUGGAGGCAUUGGGAAGGAAAGAUCCAACAGAAUGAUGAUAGUGGUACUCAAACAAUCAAACAUGUUCAAGAAUUCAAGUUUGUCCGAGAUCACUUUAAAGGGCAAGGAAUACGUUGGAAGAUUUUUGGCUGGAUGAGGUCUUUCUUCAAGCAAUUCUAUGGGUCACUCACUGAGGAGGACUACAUAGCCAUGCGACUUGGCUUCAUUGAGAAACACUGCAGGGGAAACCCAAAAUUCAAUUUCUACAACUACAUGAUUAGAGCAUUUGAGGCAGAUUACAAGAAAGUCGUUGGUAUAAGUUGGUACCUUUGGGCUUUGCUAAUGGUAUUCUUGCUGCUGAAUGUUCAUGGAUGGUAUGUCUACACAUGGUUAUCAUUGGUCCCUUUCAUUCUGCUACUUGUGAUUGGAUGUAAGAUGGAGCAUGUUAUUACUGAGAUGGCUGUUGAGGUUGCACAGAAACAUACAGCAAUAGAAGGGGACGUGGUCGUUGCUCCAUCAGAUGAUUUUUUUUGGUUCCAUAGGCCUAAAGUGGUCCUCUAUUUGAUCCACUUCAUUCUAUUUCAGAUAGCGUUUGAGAUUGCAUUUUUCUUCUGGUUGUUGGUAGCAUACGGGUAUGAAUCAUGCAUUAUGGGAAAGCACGCACAUGCUAUUACUCGACUUGUAUUAAGCACCCUACCUCUCUAUGUGAUUGUCUCCCAUAUGGGAAGUUCAUUCAACAAAGCAAUAUUUGAUGAUAAUGUAUCUGAAGACCUUGCCAACUGGGCUCAAAGUGCUAGAAGGCGUAACAAAAGGAACAAAACAAAUGUUGAUGCAGCCAACUCGUCUAUUGAUGAGAGACAUGGUGGUGUGGUUCAAAUGACAAAUGCAUGA